GGCGCAUGAAGGAGCCGAGCUGCGGCGCUGAAGCGUUUGGACUCACCUUCUAUGCGCCUGCAUGUUCCUGACAACCUUGGAUGGUUUCAUUUCUGGCAGAAUCAGAGGCGCGUUUUCUGACAAGAUGCUCGGAUUUUGCUGGAGGGUUUGCUCCAAACUCUGGAUUAAACCGGGAUUUCUGCGGGAAUAACUAAAGGAGGAAACUCCAGUGGAAUCCGCCGGGAAGCUUGUUUUAGUCGUUGGAGGAGCGAAAUGGACCUGACUCCUGCAGUGCUUCUUGUUGCUUUUUUAGUUUGGGCUGAAGGUUCAUCUCUGCCUUACUCCAGUCAUCGAUCUUUGAGGAAAACCUUUGGUCCUUCCUCCAAAGACUCCUUGUGUAACCACAUGCUGAAGCACCUCCACAACGGAGCCCGAAUCACCGUGCAGAUGCCGCCCAACCUGGAGGGCCACUGGGUGUCCACCAGCUGUGAGGUGAGGCCUGGUCCAGAGUUUCUAACUCGCUCCUACAGGUUUUACCCCAACAACACCUUCCAGGCCCACCAGUUCUACUACGAGGACAACCACUGCACCAAACCCACCUACACGCUGGUCAUUCAUGGUCGACUCCGCCUGCGCCAGACCUCCUGGAUAGUUCGGGGCGGCACAGAGGCAGAGUACCAACUCCACCAGGUCCAGACAGUGUCUCACACGGUGGCUAAGGCCAAAGAGCUGAGCCAGAGGCUCAGCCGCAGCUGCAGAGGGGCUACAAAGGGCCCCUGGGAACCCGGCAUGAUCUACGAGCUGUGGAACGAAGAGGGAGGCUAUGACUGCUCCAGAGAGCUUAACUUCACCAUGCACGAACUGCAGCUGCUGCGGGUAGAGAAGCAGUACCUACAUCACAACCUGGAUCACCUGGUGGAGGAGCUGUUUCUGGGAGACAUCCACACCGAGCCGACGCAGAGGCUCUACUACAAACCUUCUAGCUACCAGAUCCCUCUGCAGAAUGCUAAGAACCACGACCAUGGCUGCAUCGUCUGUCGGAUCAUCUACCGCUCAGACGAGUUCCACCCGCCCAUCCUGCCACCGCGGGCUGACCUGACCGUGGGCCUGUACGGUCAGUGGGUGAGCCAGCGCUGUGAAGUGCGCCCUGAGGUCCUCUUCCUCACUCGCCACUUUGUCUUCCAUGACAGCAACCACACCUGGGAGGGGCACUACUACCACUACUCCGACCCCACCUGCAAACACCCCACCUUCACCAUCUACGCUCAGGGCCGCUACAGCCGAGGGCUUCCCUCCACCCGUGUAAUGGGAGGGACCAACUUUGUCUUUAAAGUGAACCACAUGAGAGUCACGCCCACGGAUGUGGCCACCACCUCCCUCCUGAACGUCUUUAACGGCAACGAGUGCGGUGUGCAGGGCUCGUGGCAGGUGGGGGUGGAGCAGGACGUCACCGUGACCAACGGCUGCGUGGCGCUGGGCAUCCGGCUUCCCCACACAGAGUAUGAGCUUUUCCGCAUGGAGCAGGACGCCCACGGCCGCUACCUGCUCUACAACGGCCAGCGCCCCAGCGACGGCACCAGCCCCGACCGCCCGGAGAAGAGAGCCAGCUCCUACCAGAUGCCCCUGGUGCAGUGCUCAUCGAGCAGCCAGCGGUCCAAUCACAACAGAGGGGAUGAUGAUGCAGAACAGAGUCUGCUGUACCAUAACGGCGCCCCGGGAUGGUACGGAGGCUGCAGCAAAUGCAUCGCUGUACUGCUCAUCGCUGCGACUUUGUCAAAGUUAGGGAGCAGUUUGGGCUUUUUCUUUUUAUAAACAUGCAACAGUGAGGGUUAACAAAAAACUCAAGAACUAAAACGAAAACUUUUUGUUUGGGUUUAUAGGAGAGUGAGAACUGAAUUCCUCUCCAGCGACCAAGACUUGACACUGCUGCACCGCAGGAUCUGCACUUUAGAGUGGAACAACUAGUCUGUGGGUCCACAACUAGAUUAAAAGCUCUCUUUAUACCUACACAGAUCUGAGAUUAUGUUUCUUUUCUGCACCAUUUUUAAUCCAGAAACUAUCACAUCAUGGGUUCUUACAACAAAAAGCACUGUUUGACGUGUGGAAACAUUUUCUUGACAACUGUGACUUCAGGAGAAAAGCUCACGAAGCUACUGCUGACUGUAAAAACUGAGCUGCAGCACGUUUACAGAUGCAUCUCAAUAAAUUAGAAUAUCUAAAGAGUU